UCCCGGAUCUCUCCAGGUUUUUAUCUCCCAUCUUCUUACCCACUCCACUCAGUCACAAAUUGAUAGUGCAAUAACUCUUUUAAUUUUUCCUGUUUUAUUUCUCUUCUUCCGAUCCAUUAUAACAUAUUAUUACAAAUUUUCUCGCUUGUCUAUAUAUCUACAACUGCCCAUAUACUCUAUGCAUUGAGCUGUAGAGUGAGCAGAUAGAGGGUACUCCGCAUAUCUCAACCCUAGGCAAGGAUGUUUGUAGUGGUCUUGUUGAUUGGAUUAUUGCUGGCAUGGGCUUAUCGAGCCACCCGCCCUCUGCCUCCCAACAUUUGUGGCUCGCCUUGUGGCCCGCCUAUCACAGCACCUAGAAUUAAGCUUAGGGAUGGAAGACAUUUGGCCUGCAAGGAGCAUGGUGUGCCAGCAGAAGUGGCCAAAUAUAAGAUUAUCUAUGUUCAUGGCUUAUUUACUUGCAGACAUAGUGCAGUGAUUGCAAAAAAUCUCCCGCAAGAACUUGUUGAAGAAUUAGGACUAUACAUUGUGUCAUAUGAUAGACCGGGUUAUGGAGAAAGUGAUCCAGAUCCAAAACAAACGGUGAAAAGUUUGGCUUUAGAUGUUGAAGAGCUUGCUGAUCAAUUGGGACUCGGUUCCAAAUUUUAUGUAAUUGCUUAUUCUAUUGGAUGCCAUGUGGUCUGGGGCUGCCUCAGGUACAUUCCUCAUAGGCUAUCAGGAGCAGCAUUACUUGCUCCUAUUAUCAACUAUUGGUGGCGAGGUUUGCCUUUGAACUUGUCUACAGAGGCCUACUACAAACAACCGCCUCAAGACCAGUGGACACAUCGAGUUUCUCACUAUAUACCAUGGCUAACCUAUUGGUGGAACACACAGAAGUGGUUUCCUGCACUUAGUGCUGUACCCGGAAAUCCUAAUAUUUUCUCUCGUCAAGAUUUAGAAAUAACGUCAAAGAAGGUUGGGAAACAAAUAAACAAGGCACACAUAACCCAGCAAGGAGAGUUUGAGUCCAUACAUCGUACCAUAAUGGUUGGAUUUGGGAAUUGGGAAUUCAGUCCUAUUGAUCUUGAGAAUCCUUUUCCUAACAACGAAGGUUCGGUUCAUCUAUGGCAGGGUGAUGAUGAUAGGAUUGUAGCAAUUCCUUUACAACGCUCUAUUGCCAAAAAACUUCCAUGGAUUCAAUACCAUGAGUUACCAGGUGCUGGACACUUUUUCGCAUAUUCUAAUGAAAUGAGCCAAGUUAUCAUAAAGACACUUUUAUUUGGGGAUAAAUAAGCAUGUUUGUUGCUGCAGGGUUACUACUUUCUAUUUUUUCUUUUUCUAGUUUCUUUCACCUCCUCUUUUUCUUUUAGUUUUUCCCCUCUUUAUCAUUGUAUUGGUGGACAAUAUGUACUUCUAUAUCAGUUUGUUCUAAGAUUAUCAAAUAAAAUAUCAGUUUGUUUUAACAAAAC